AUGGAUAACCCUGUCUACACCGUGGCCGUUGAUGGCGCUGACGGGAAUGGCAGCGCAGUCCUUGAUCCACGCUCCCUCGACGCCACUGGGGUGAGGCUCAUCGCCGCGAGUGACAGCGGCAAGAUAGUCUCUCAGUUCGGCAAAAUUUUCCUGCGCACCUGGCAGGUCGCCUUUGGUGGCCACCACAAACCAUGGCUUGCCUGCGAUGUGAAGACCAGCGCCGGCAGUGGUUGUCUUGGCGACACCAGAACUUGUCCAGAAGUCGCUUUGCAUAGUCUCUCCGGCCGACGCGCUCCAGUCAAUGGCGGCCUCGCGCUCCCGUUGCUGUUCCUCUUCCUCCCUCAUCUCCCAAUUCCCCACGCGCGCGCGACUGUUGGUGACGGCGCGCAAGAGAGUGCUCUUUCCGGCGUUUGGCAAUCCUACCAAGCCGACAUCUGCCAAUAA